UCCCUACAGGGUUCAAUUUCUUGGUGAAGUUAAGAGAAAUUCCCCAUCAUACUUCUGUGAUGAAAGAGGGGGAAACAAGCAAACAAAAACUGGGAUCUUUCCCACUCUUCCUGGUGCAUGUUUAGGUACCACAGAUAAUUCUGGAUCUGUGAGUAGGGAUUGUUUAGUAACUGUGCAGUACCUCCACAUUGGGCUGCUAACUAUUUUAAAGACCAGCAGAUAUUAGCACAGGUGAAACUUUUCAGAGGAUGGAGGGAAGCAUCUGUACCCUGGGAAAAAACUUCAUGUACGGCACGAAUGGGAAACCUGUUGCCCUCCAGAUGUUCUUGGACUCCAAAUCCCAUCAUCCAGGACUAUUUGCCAUGGUGACUGGGGCUGAUGGGAAUUGGAGUCGAGCAGUGUUGGGGAAAAACAAUUUGGUCUCUGGGUUUUUGCAGACCAUUGGGCUGCUCUGCAAGACACAAGUGCAAAGGAGGCUGCUUAAUUUUCUUAUCGGUUGGCACGCAACUUCAUUGCCGCCAAGCUAUUGUUUUUAAGGAUUAUAAAGCAACCUUUAAUAAUAGCCUUAAAAGCGGGUGGGUGGGGGUACACAGCAGACGUUUAUAAAGUUAGGAGUGGAAAAAGUUGAUGGGUUAGAAUUAUUUUCUUCUCCUAAUACUAGGAGCUAAUUAGCAAGUAGGCUCAGGGCUGGUGUUAGGAAGUAAUUUGUCGCCCAGCUUAUUAUCUUGUAGAAUUCACCUCUGUGUGGAGGCGCUGGCUUGGCUUGCUUUUUGAAAAGGCUUAGUUGUCAGAAUUCAUGGAAGGCAGGUUUCGGAAUGCACACCAGUAAGCCAUGGCAGCUAAAUGGAACCUCCAGCUGCAGAGGCAGUCUACUUUGGAGCAACAGGUGCUAAGGGGAAGGCUGUUUUUCCUUCAUGGCCUGCUUGCUCACGACCUUUCCAGAGAAGCACCUGCCUGGCCACCUCUGGAAGCGGAACAACUGGGUGUGCAUGCAGGCCUGAUCCUGCCUGGAGCAAGAAAGAGAAAACGAGUGUAGGAAACCAAGUCUCUCUCUCUCUCUCCCCCCCCCCACUCAGCCUGGCACCUGUUGCCUUACUAAGUACAAGGGAGCGUCUGUUUGCUUUUCCUUUCUCGGUUCUUGGUUGUUGUUGUUUUUUGCUGCGUUUUGGUGUGUUUUUUUUAACGCUUGAGAGUAGAUCCUGCCCUUUACCGCUAGGCUGGGGGGGCUUUCCCGUUCCAUUGAGCAUGACUUCAUGACAGCCAGCAACCAAUCAGGAAGCAGCAGCCGGCAGAGCAGGGGAAUUCCAAGAACCCUCAAAGCUAAAAAAAAAAAAUAAUAGACAGAUGGACAGAGAAAAAUUUGGGCUUGAGGGCUGACCAAGGGGGGAAUGGAGCUCAGGGCCAGGUUAUGAAGAGGCCUGGAGUGAGACAGGAGCCACUGCGAUUGCCUCUGUGGCAGAGGAAAGAGAUGCUGGCUUCCCCCGCUCUAGGCUCCUCCUUCCCAGCUUCCAGUUUGUCCAUCAUGCAGCCCACGGCAGAGACGGCUGAUGAAUUAGAAAUCAUUGAUGAACUGAUUAAGGAAGAUGGCUUCGAGGUGGAUGCUGCCUCGCUUCCAUCCAGGCUCUCUCUUAACGGGCCAGCCGAGCUGAUCCCCAGAUGCUCUAACUUAGCAUCACCAGCCAGAAUGCAGAGACCAGCUGAGCCGAUGGGCAUGAGCCUGUUGCGGCCCUACGGCUCCUCCUGCUUCUCAGCCUCCUUAGCGCUGCAAGACCCGUCCCCUUCCCAGCUCUCUCAGAACCUUAACAACUUGACGCUAAGGCCCCAGCUGGUUCCAAGGGGGACGUCCCUCCCAUUGCUGCCCAGUAGCAGGUGCUCUGAUGACUCGUGGCCCCCUCCCCACUCUUCCCUGCGUCCUGGGAUGUCCCGAGAGCAGGUGGAGGACGUCACCCAGGAGCCGCCCAAGCUGGUGAUCACAGAGCAACCCAAGCAGAGGGGAAUGCGUUUCCGUUACCAGUGUGAAGGCAGGUCGGCUGGAAGCAUCUUGGGCGAAUUCAGCACCGAGACCAACAAAACUCUGCCGACCAUUGAGCUGCAGAACUUUGCAGGCAUUCCAGAAGCGAAGGUGACAGCAUGCUUGGUGUGGAAGGAUUGGCCUCACCGGAUCCACCCCCACAGCCUGGUGGGGAAAGACUGCAACAAUGGUCUUUGCGAAGUGACACUGAAGCCCCGAGCCAACCCCAAGCACAGUUUUAACAACCUUGGGAUCCAGUGCGUGAAGAAGAAGGACAUUGAGGAAUCCAUAGAGAAAAAGCUGCAACUUGGGAUUGAUCCUUUCAAAGCUGGCUCAUUAAAAAAUCACCAGGAGGUCGACAUGAACGUGGUCAGGAUUUGUUUUCAAGUCUCCUACCAAGAUUGCACAGGGAAGACGCGGCACCUCAGCCCUGUUCUUUCAGAACCCAUCUUUGACAAGAAAUCCACAAACACGUCAGAGCUGAAAAUCUACCGGAUGAAUAAGGAGUAUGGCAGCUGUACGGGUGGAGAGGAGCUCUAUUUGCUGUGUGAUAAAGUCCAGAAAGAAGACAUCUCCAUCAUCUUUCGAAGGGACAAGUGGGAGGGGAAAGCUGACUUUUCGCAGGCCGAUGUUCACCGGCAGAUUGCCAUUGUCUUCAAGACGCCACCGUACCAGCACCUUGACAUUGUGGAGCCGGUGGAGGUGGAGGUAUACCUCCGCCGUUUGACAGACAGCGUCUCCAGCGACCCCUUCAACUUCACCUACCUGCCAAAGGACAAUGACGCUUACCGGGUCAACAAAAAAAGGAAGCAAGGCAUGCCCGAUGUCCUAGAGGAGCUCUCUGGCCCAGACCCUCACGGGAUCGAAGCCAAAAGGAAGAGAAAAAAGCCAGGGUACAUGGACCAUUUCAACUUGACUCCAUCUGCAGAUGGCUCCUUGACCGGUUCGGAACACAGGAAUAGCCUGAGCAACUUGGAGCGUAUCACCGUGCCGGACCUGUUUGAGGACUACAACCUGGGCCAAGACUUCUCUUCCUACAACGGCCCUACCUUGAACGAUAUCCUGCUGCCAGCUGCUAUGGACUUCCCAGAUUCCGCAGAACAAGAGUUCCUGCUGGAUGCUUAUUCCGUCCACUCUGGCAUUUCGGCCCCCUUCCCGUUCCCUGUGGAUUUUGACCCAGAGGGCACGGCCAGUUUGGUGGGGAGCAGCAUGUUCCCCAGCCAGUACAAGGAGGCUGAAGCACGGCUGGAGAUGGAGACCAAGCUCAAGUCAACAGACAGCGCUGCAACCUUGUGAAGGAGCGUGGGCCCACCAUGGCCUGCGAGGGAAGGUAGCAGAGAGAUCCCUGGGCAAAGCAAACAGGGAUGUUUUCCCUACUGGCAGACUGAAGAGGGGGAAAUUACAUUGAUCUCUAUCGGGGAUCCUUGACAGGCUUCCCUUUGGGAGAUAAGACAUGGCAUGAAUGGAAGGAAGGAAGAUUGUACAGUACUAAGAUUGCACUAAUAACUGAAUUGCGGGGGGGGGGGAGGAAAUGCCCUCAAUGUUAGCCCCCUGCAUUUGGCUUCCUAGUUUCUCUUCCUCAGUUUUCCCUAUCUGUAAAAUUGGGUCAACAACACUGACUUGUUGUGCUAGGGCAAAAAUGUCAGACUAGCAAAUGUAGUCUUGUUAGUUUCAUGGUUGUACCCCUAAGGCCUUUCCCCCUGCUUAAAGAUUUAUGCCGAUCUGUCUUGGAACAUUUUGUACUUUUUGCAAAGUCCGCGCACACUGCAAUAGCUAAUGGUCAGCCUUGUGUUUUGGAGUAGCUCAGGUGCUUGAUCUAACAUAGAUACGUAGCGGUAUAUUCCACAAGGACAUGUCUUUCAAUACAUUUAUGAAGUCAUAAGACUUUGCUGUUGGUCUACCUGGUGUUGCCCUAACAGUGACUCUCCGGGGUUUUCUCUCUAGCUGCUGCAGAGAUCCCUAUCUAGAGGUGCCAAGGAUUGAAUGUGUGACUGCCCACAUGCGAUGAAUGUACUUCUCUAAUGCUGAGUUACAGCUUCUCCCUCUCAUCUUCUCUGUGCGAAGCAAGCCUCUUGGGGCUGAAAGCUUGCACCACUUUUAAACAGUGCACUUGAGGCUAUCUGAUGCGGCUAGGUCCAGAGAAAACAGACAGCAUUACAAGCCAGGAUAUUGUUGGGUGGGAGGCUGAGCUGCUCUUUCCCCUGUAUAUCAUGUCACUAGCAUGGAAGUGCUUAUGGUACAUCGAAAUCUUUUUAAAAUAUCCAUGCCCCUAGGCAGGUGUAUUGUAGAGCUGAGGGGAAAAUUUGCUCACAGUAAAAAAAUUGGUGAGCACCUAACGUUGUUGUGCAUUUCAGAAUGUUCCUUGUAACUCUGUACCCCUGCCUACUGGCCAGUCAGAAUCUUGCUGAGCUCUUUCAUGGUUGCUAAAGGUUUCUUAAGGCAUUGCCCAGGCACUUGUCAAGCCUAUCUGUCCAGCCUUAGGGCCCAGAAAUUUAGGGUGCUUCCAAAAAAGGACUUAAUGCUCUGAAUGGGUCACUGAGAUAUUGCAAACAGGUCAUUGGCAACCAUUUUUGUUUUUCUGUUUAACUUUUUUGGGUUUUCCCUGCAAAGGGGAAAUCCAGAUUUAAUGGAGGGGAGGGGAGAAAAAGGCUGGCAUUUUGAUGACAGAAAAACAACAAUGCAUGUGUUAAGGAGCAAGUAUUAUAGGCCUUGACUUGACUCUAACAUCCUGAGUGUAAGUUUUUUGACAUUCGGAACCAGAAAAUCAUGGUGUGUUUUUCCUAAUGGGUUGCAUUGUAAUUAAAUCCUAGUCAUAGUAGACCCACUGGAAAUCAAUUGGCCUAAGUUACGGUAGUCAAGCUACCAGAAAAAGGGAUGCAACCUUUCUAAAAAAAGCUCAUCCUUGGAAACAGAACAAAUCCCUAGAAAGAGGAUAGCACCAUAGUAGCUUCCCCCUGCCUUUUUCUCCUUUUUGGCAUUUGACAAUGAAACUGUUGCAAGGCACCAUGCUGAAUUUAGAAGAUAUUACCACCUCCUCUGUACUGUACUGGCAAAUGUUUUUUUUGUGGCAUUCUCCCUUCUUCAGUAACUUUCUGCUUCUGUAACUUUAAAAGCAAAUGUUGCCCAAGGUUAAAGGUUGCAGUAGCUGAAAUGAUUUUGAUGUUGUUAUAAUAAUGGGGAAAAACCCACUUGAUUUCCAACCCCCAACCCCCCCGUCACAUAAUCACUCUUAAAAAAAGCAUUUCAAGGUGUGUAAGGAAAAUAAAUCUUCAAAAGCUGUCACAGAAUCUGUAACCAGGCAGGGAGAAUAAUUUAUACAUCUUGGGAUGGUGGUAAUGUUGGAUGGGUCCUUUUGAACGAAGUACUGUAUCUUCUCUGGGCUUACCUUUCAAAUGUAUGCAUUAUAACUGGCUUAAUUUUAGCCCUGUCACCUGUUUUCUGUGCCAAGGCUGAGCCCUGGAAAGAUGUGAAGUAUUAAUAAAUCAGGCACUGCUUCUGAUUGUGUAUGGGGCUUGUUUCCUUGUCAGUUGCUAACCUCAAACAACACUGGAUGCUCACAGACUUGCCCUUUUCGGGUGGGAUUCAGUCCCAUAUCAGCAAGUUCAGAUUGUGCAGUUAACGCUGAGGUGGAGCUAUUUCACAGCAAGCCUACUUCCCCAGAGGACUGGACUUUUGCCAUAAGGAAAGUGAGGGGGAAACACAGUUGACAGCGUAGGAUAAUGCUUGCUUUGACACAACUGUUUUCUAGCCUCCCCGGAGACAAAUCCAGGUGAGUAUUCAAUAAGCAGGUCAUCUGGAAAAGCAGCUCCACACUUUUUGGCAGUUAGGGAGCAGAGAUCUUGAGUCAAAGGAGGUGUCUUCCAAGGGCAAGUUUAUUUCAGCCCUGGCACUUUUGCUGGGCAGGUCAACCCCACCCCUUGGG